AUGUCGGGCCAUAACCCCUUUUUCCACGAUGACCAUCAGUACCAUCGGGAUGCGGAUGCACACGCUCCUGAGGCGGUUGACAUGUUGUCGCCAAUGACACCGGUCGCCAACUUGGAGAGUGAGCUGCAGAGCAGAUACCAAUCUGCGCACCAUGUUGAGCGACAACCACUACCGCCAACGUUUGCCGAUACAGAAAAGGAGGUCGUCAACCUGGAGCAUGAUAGCGGUGCUAAGCACGUUGUUCCAUUGGAGCUCACGUCGGAGUAUCCCGAGACUGCUACCAUUGUGAGCCCGCAAACACCUUGGUCGAGUCAUGCGGAGACGUUGAAGGCGAAGUCGAUGUCUGAUGCGACUGCACCUGAGGCAUUGCCCCCGAGAGAUGAUGAAGGAGGUGCAAAGAAGGAACAGAAGAUUUUGGGAAUGAGCAAAAAGGUGUUCCUGAUUGUUGUGGUUAUUGUCAUCAUCAUCAUCGCGGCCGCUGUUGGUGGUGGCGUAGGUGGCGCCGUAGCUUCAACAAAGAAAUCUGACGCCACUCCCGCAACAGCAACUACAACCUCGUCAAGCGCAGCAUCUACAGCAACAUCAACUACCACAACAAGCGCUACGCCUUCACCAACGAUCCAGUUCCUCAACAACCAAACCUGGCCAAAGAGCUCCAACUACGCAUUCCAGGGCUACUCCAGGGCUAAUUUCACCGGAGCAAUCACGCCAAUACUCACCGGCGAUGGAGGCAACAAUGUCGGAAAGGACUUUGAGUUCGAUCUCCAUAGCUACAUUUGGAUUCAAAAUAUUGGCAACUGCUGUGUGAAUCUCUGUGCGAAUAGCACCAAGCAGGGAUUCCUGGGAUGGAAGUGCACACCUGUUAAGAGAAAUGAGACGACGGAGCCGGUGGCGAGGGCGUUUGUGUGGUGUGACGAUACGCACAGUCAGGAGAUGGCGGAGGCAAAGGGCUGCUCAUAA